AUGAAAGCCGCUGCUCGAUCUAAGAGCGCACAAGAAGAUGAGAAUCUGAAGUUCUUCUCGAACAAGAGUGGGAAAGCUCUGAUUACCACACGGGUUGCCCAAGAAAUAUACCUGAUAUACAAGAACAAGGAAGCUUCUGGUGCAGUUUGGACACCGACAGUCACCAGCGAAGAGCUUGCAAACAAGUACGGGAUCACAGCGAAAGCAAUACGAGACAUCUGGAACAAGCGGACAUGGCGGCACGCCACCGUAAAAUAUUGGACUGAGGAAGAGAAGAGGCAAUUCAAUAACAAGCCAAAGCCUCGUGAGAAAAUGACAGCCAACGAGCUUGAACAGCGCACGCAUACGGCUGCUGAGUUAAUUUCGCUCCCCGCAAGUCCUGACACCUUGUCUCAGAGCGCACACAGCGGAGGGAUCAAGGUUGACAAGAACGAGUCUGUCUCAUCUGUUUCGCGAUCUGAAGAACAGGAAAACGAGGGAUGGCAGGAGGAUGUAGAGGUGGCUACUAGUUCCUCCAACAUACAGCACAGUCGUCCAAGCUUUGAGACGCAAGACGAUGGAUGGAUGACGUGCCCCUCGAGGAUAGGAAUGUUUAUAUCGAGCAUCCCUUCGGUCGAACUCAAAUAG